AUGUCCAUGGUGAUGCUUUCAGUUUGGUAUGGUUUGUUGAAAAGUUUUGAAAUUCCCAAACGACGCGUUUGUAUAAACUACACACAUCCUUUGCUGAAAAAUGGCCAGAUGUCGAAAGAAAGACAACAAUUAUUAGAGCAAAAGAGGAAAAGGCUACAGGAGUUGAAACAGAGAAGAAGUGGACAAGUCUCGCAAGUUGCUGCUGAAAUAUUGGGGCCCCGGGCAUCAGGAGUAGAUGUCGCAACACAAACAACAACAGAAAAUUGCAAUGCAGCGCAUAGUGAGCCUACCGCCGCCGCAUCUUUAGAGAAGCAACUGCUACUGGAUGAUCGACAGCUAACGAGGUUUGAUGUGGGAACCCAAACUACAAGCCCCGAAAAUGGUGAUGAGGAUAACAUCAGUGACAAAACGAAACCAGCGAUUGCCCCUGCACCCUUGUCCUCCAAGAAAGAGAUUUCCACCCUUGAAUUGAACGAAGCUUUGGUAAAAUCUAUCAAGCUUAUCAACCAAUUGCAGAUUCACGAAUCAAUUGAUUUGACUGAGGAAAAAGUGGAAUCUAAGGCAAACUCGGAUUUCAUCGUGCACUCACUAUCGUUCAAGCUUGAUCGGCAAAUUACUGAUAUUGAUGUUUCGCCCCAUAAAAAGAACCAAUUUGUGGUCAGUUUUUCAAAGUCUACCGCAGAAAACUAUGACGCGAUAAUCCUUGAUCAAGUAAAUGGAAAGUUGGUUCCAGUGAAUUAUCUAACUUCUAUUCCCGUUAUUACAAAGAUAAGGUUUGAUGUGAACAAUACCAAUCGUAUUAUUGGCAGCUCUAUUAAUGGUGAAUUGUGCAUUUGGGAGAUUGAGGCUACUUCAUUGAUGCAAUCGCCAAUAUUGUCAACACCUCCUACCUUUUUAACGACAAAACGAGAGUGGUUACCUCAUUUGGGAGAAUUAGUGUUGCUACAACAAGUUAAAGUUGACACCAAUGAGUGUAUUUUGACGUUAUCAAAAGAUUGUGUCUUGAAUAUCUGGUCGAGUAAUUUAUUGAGUCGGCCAAAGUAUUCCGUCAAAUUGGGUAAUGAUGAUGCUAAUGACGUUAAGAUAAAAGACGCGGUAUAUAUCGGUAGUGACGCUUUAGUUGGAGAUAUUGACCAAAGUAUGUUGAAAAUGGUUCUUGUUGGUUUUGAUGGGAAGUUAUAUAAUGAAGAAUUGGAUUUGAUUCACGAAGAUGAAAAUAGUUUAGUGAUCAAUGCUUUAGAGAGUAUCAGUAAAAACUUGGUUAUAACGGCUCAUUCGAAUUGGAAUUUGCGUUUAUGGAAGGAAGAGCAGGUGCCAACAUUCAAAGUUCUAUCAACAACCUACGUAGUCAAUCAUAUUGCCAGAAGACCCCAUGUUGAUUACCAAUUCAUUACAGUCGGGUCAAUAAAGCAAAAGUACUAUGUGGAUAUUUGGGACGUUUCACAGAAAUUGUAUUCACCGUUGUUGAGAAUAAUGGUAGAAGCUGACCCUGUGCUAUGUGUCAAAUUUACAGAAUCCAAUGAAAUUUUGAUAAUGAAGGAAACGCAAUUUUCACUUCAUACUAUUAAUGAUGAUUACAAUUGGCAAGUUUCGGAAACUGGAUUUGAUAAAGGUCUAUAA